AUGGUGGGCCCUAAGGCAAGCAAGCAGGCCUUUGAGCUGCCUAAGAUCAAGUACAUUUACACCCAACCGGGCCGAGAUCGCUUCAACUUCUACGAUGUUAAAUUCUGGCCAUAUUCCAAGUCUGAAUUCGACGAGCCCAUCUUUGCCGUCGUCGGUCAGACCGAGGUCAUCAUCGGUCGCUUGUCGGCGGCCAAGACCCGUCCGACCGUCACCAUCCUCCAUCACCUGACCGAUAUCUUCAUAAAACAAAACCACGAUGUGCUUGGUCUGAAUUCUUGCGCUUGGGCUUACAUGGAUCCGCACAAACCUUUACUGAUAGUUGCCGGCGCUUCGGGGCUAUUGCGGGUGGUCAAUGCGGUCAAAGGACGAGUGUGCAGUCCUCGGAUCCAACAUAUCAAUGCGAGCAUCAAUGAUGUCGCCGUGCAUCCUCUCUAUCCGUGGAUUUUCGCCACCGCUUCGCAGGAUGGCCAGAUUCGAAUCUGGGAUCUACGGCGAUGCUUGUUGCCCCACCCGACUAUGAUCAUCAUCUGUGGUGGAGGAAUAGACGGUCCUAGAGCGGGUGUGCUGUCGGUUUCGUGGCACCAUACAGGCCGGUACUUGGUGAGUGCUGGCUUCGACCACCAGGUCCACGUAUGGACCAUCCCAGAUCUUCAUGAUCGCUCUCCCUUCUGGCGCACAAUCGAUCCAAAGCGCGUGAAACGACGCAUGUUCGAGGCAAUGAUCAUUUACUACCCUCACUUUAUCACCAAGGCUCUGCAUACCAAUUACAUCGAUUGCGUCAAGUUCUUUGGCGAUUUAAUCUUGUCAAAGGCUGCAACCGAGGACAAGAUUGUGCUCUGGAAGAUAACCGGGUUCGACUCCAAAAGACCUCCGCCGCAUAGAAUGACAGCUCCAAGCUUCAGGAUGCGUCUCGACACACGCAACGGGUUCAUGCGGACAGUUGUCACCGACAAGGAUGGGACGAAGACUUGGACUGUCGCUAGCGAGUUUCAAAACAAACCUCCCUACCAGAGACUUCUAGAGUUUGCCACACCCUACAGCGAGCCAUUCUAUCUUCGAUUUGGCCUGCUGUUGCCCUCGCCAGCCUACCCUGAUUUACAUCCGGUGCUAGCAUAUGGCAAUGCCGCUUCCGAAUUGCGAUUUUGGGAUCUUGAGCGGCUCAUCGAGGGUCACGCAGGCAAACACGACCAGGCUGGGAAAUCCCGCCGCGGCAGGAAAAGAAAGAGACCACAAGCGGAAGCCAACCCUCCACCAGAAGUGCGACCUCGAAAGCGCAGGCCUUUUCAGUUGAUCCCUGGAAGAAGGUCUUCGAGGCUAAAAGGAGAGCCUCCAGCAGUCAAGCUCGAAGAUGUAGAGAUCAAGUGGGGUGCUGUAAAGAUCAAAGAUGAGGUGGUAAAGAUCGAGCAAGGCACGAUAGAGGUCAAAACAGAGGUGGUAAAGACCGAGGAAGGCUCGGGAGAGAUUAAAAGAGAGGAUGUGAACGUCGAGUACGAGUCUCCAGAGCCUGUACGACUGAUUCCUCCGACUUCUACAACUGACGAUGUCAAGUCCUGGGCUCCUUUAACUCUUGUUGGGGGAUCGACUUCCCCAUACUCAGACAUUUUACGCAUACCUUGGACAACUCUAAGUGUCUUGGAAGGAACCUCUACAAUCCCCGCCAGGGAAAUGGCCGGUUCACAGCAAUUCCACAUUCUGCUGGACAAUGUUGGAACUGACAAGCCAGUCCUUUCUUCAUCGCCUCUCCCAGAAAAGACUGGCCGCGCAGAUUCAGGCUCUAUUCAACUCACGGAUAUGGCAUACGCAACUCCCUUUCUCCUUUCAUCUCUCCGGAGACGGUCGACUCGAUCAAAAGCAGAUGUCGUCAAACCAUCCCGAGAUGUUUCAGUUAGUAAAACAGAGUCUUCUUCAACUCCAGGGAGGAGAUCGACUAGAUCAAGACGACACAUCACUCAGCCACGCGUGGACACUCCCGACAUCAAAAUGGAGUUAUCUCCACCCUUGGACACUCCAGACAUCAAAAUAGAGUCUUCUCCUUCCCCCGUGGGGAGACCGACCAGGUCAAAACCAGAUAUCACUCAGCCACCCGCGGAUGUUGCAAACAGCAAGACUAUAUAUCCUCCAGCGAUCACUAGCAGAUCGACACGAUCAAAAGCACGAUCAUUUCAAGCGGACCCGAACAUUUCAAGCAGCAAACCCUCGUCUUCUACCACUCCAGAUAGGAUGCCGGCUCCGUCAAAUUCAGAUGACGUUCCACCGUCUCUAGAUACGCUAGACGGUAUUUCAUCAUUUCCCGCAGAAGCAGUGAGACGAUCGCAUCCAUCAAAGACCGACUCCAUACAAAUGUCACAAGAUCUGAUCCAUGCCGAAAAAGGGGGAAAUGCUGUCAGAAGAACGACUCGUUCAACUCCACGUACUGCGCCUCCGGCUCCGACCGCUUCGAAUGCCGCUAGCGAUACUAUUGGAAUCAGAAAAUCGGCUCGUUUAAAAACGAGACCGCGCGUUACACUUCCUUCUCCGGCCGCCAGUGAUAUCUCAGGAGAUACCACCGCUACCAGAAGAUCACCCAGUGCUACAGCACAGGCUGCCUCGGGGGACGUGAGAGAUGCAGAACCUGCCGUAAGUUCUAUGCUUUCACCACCACAAACGCCUUCCCCUACUCCACCUCCACCGGAUACUUCUAGAGAAGUAGCUCCAGUCCGAAGGUCGACUCGUCCGAAGCAAAAGGCUACACGUAGUUUGUCAAAGACUCCAGAUGCCACAAGAGACACACCUCCUGUUAAAUCGCAUGUCCCUUCACCGCCACCCGCUAUGCUUCAGCCUCCGGACGCCUCAGGCGUGACGGGAGAGCCAAUUCGGCCCCGAAGAAUAAUUCCAGAAACGCAAAUAAUUGUGGUGCACGAUAGCUCUUCAGAGAGCGAAGAAGAACAAUAUAGCGCUCCAGAUUUGGGAAAAUGGUCACACAGACCUCCGCAAUUCGCAAAGGAGAAGUCUAGGUCUCCAGAUCAUGGAGAAGGAGUCUUCGAAAGUAUAGAGACUGGGCAAGGGUCAUCCAACGCUCUGAAGGUCGAGCGAGAGCGUUCUACCAGUUGGGAUUCUGAGGAUACGACUUCCGACAUCUCAAUGACUGAGCGGGUUCGAUCACUCACUCGAGAGUCUGAAGAGACUUCAGGCACCUUUGAAAGAGACACAAAGCGAUCUGCCACUCCGGAUAUGAAGGAAGAGUCCCCAGAGUCUACAAAGAUCGACAGAGGGUAUUCCGACAUGGAGCAAAACCCACCUGCAGCUGUUACUCUGCCAGAGUCGACUUAUGAGCUGCACCUGGAACCACACUUUCAUGGACUGAGCUCAAAGAUGGACCCAAAACGGGCUGUCUCUCCGGUCCCUGAUCCCCUUGACGAUCCACACAUUCCUGUCAAGGCACAUCAGAGGGUUCUGCUCAAUAAGCUCCAAUACAAGAAGCAAGCUCUGUUUGUGACGAGAGCAGCCGAGUGGAGUCCGUGCGGACGGUGGUGCAUAGUGGCCGGAGAAUCUACCAAAUCCCCAACUAAUGGCUGGGGUGGCUUUGCCGUGCUAUACCGUCCUGGUCUGCCGGUCAAAGAUGAGGUCAAAGAUGAGUUCGGGGACGAAUUCGGACAACUCAAACCUAUGCUCAAUAAAAUCAGAGCUAUACUCCUCGAUCUACAUGACCGCGAGGAGGUUGGAGCCAGGAUCAAAGAACUCCAGACCAUACUCCAACAAAUCAAGAAGAGCCCCAAGAAGUUCGAUGAUGGAGUGGAAAGGCUGCAAGUUAUGCUCACAGAACUUCUUCUCAUUCACCCUACGGCACUUGAAGAGACGCUCAAAAAAAUUGCAAACGUGCUGGACAAACUUGAAGGCUCGGAAGGGCUGAAAGGCCAUCGAGAAUUUGAAGAUGACGAAGAAGAGUAUGAAGAGCAUGAAGAAUAUGCAGGUAAUGAAGAAUUCGAAGAUGAUGAGGAGUCUGCAAGUGGUGCAACAUACGAAGAUGCCGAAGAAUCCACAGAAUACGAAGAGAUGGAAAGGUUUGAACAAUUCGAAGAUGCCGAAGAACCCACCGAUACCGAAGAGAUGGACGAGCCUGGACAAUUCGAAGAUGCCGAAGCGCGUGAAUAUGAUAAAAAGGCUGCGUACGGUAAUGUGAAAUUUGCGUUCGACGCUUGGCAAUAUUUUGAUGAUGAAGAAGAAGAAGACGAAGACAUGUACGGUGGUGUACCAUUCUCCGAUGCCGAAGCGCGCGAAGAUGAUGAAUCAUCAGCCUACGACACCGAAGAGUCUACAUACGACACAGGAGACGAAGACAUGUAUGCAGGUGAACCCUUCUCAGACGUCGAAGCGCGAAAAUCCGACGAAGAAUCUGCGUACAACACUGAGGACGAAGAAUCAGAAACAGACAUCUCCGAGGACGAGUUUUAUCCUGCACGCCUUCGGUCCGCGCGACGGUAUUGCUAA